AAAGAAGAUAAUUGAAAUAAAAACGAUGCCGUUUAGAGUUACCUGACAUACCUUUUCGGCCUUUUGUUUUGUAAAUGUUCGCGACUUCGUUCCGGAGCAAAGCGAGGGAGUGCCGUCGUUGGAAAAUGCGAGGGGACGAUACGCGUAAAAGCCUUUUGAACGUCUGUAAGGUAUAGAAUCGGAGAGGGUACCAGUGAAUUUUCGUGAGCUGACAACGCUUUGGUCGAGUUUUUGAUGAGAUACCAGAUCAGGUGUCACAACUGGUUUGAUAAUCUUUCAUGCGAAAUUGACAAAUUUUGAAUCAGAAAUUGGCGAUGAAGAAUAUCUGAGGCGAAAACCGAUUAAACAUGAAGCAUGCCAAUUUAUCUGCAAUGAUAAAAAAUUCCAUCUCAUUCUAUGAUUUUGGAUGUCAGCCUUUUGGGUUUGUACCAAGCAUGUAAAUCUAGAUGCUCAAACUUUCUGGCUUUCUACAAGGUUCUGCAGUGAGUAGUUCUUUUGUUCUCAUUUUUAGUUUUCUUCUCUCAUUUUUAGACAUUUAAGUUUAGAUGUAUUAGCAACUUGAAGUUGAAGUGGAUGGAUAUGCAUCUGAAGAUCAUUACUUAUGCUGUUCAAAUCCAUUAUUUUGAGGGAAACAAUGUCAAUAGAUAAAAGUAUUAAGGUUCCCUGUUUGAUGUGAUUGAGUUAUUUUCUUGUGAUUUAUCAACUAUAGUCUUUUCUUCUGGAGAAACCAAAAUCUAACAUAAGAGGUAUUGUUGGUGGUCUUCUCUAUGAUCUCAGUCUUCUUUUUUUUAAAAAUACAAAGGGGAGGGGGAGGGGGAGGGGACCCGAACCCGAACCCGAACCCGAACCCGAACCCUAUUGGAUGGGUUGUCCCUUACAUGCAAAGUCGUUGACAAUCUACUACCAGCUCGUUUGUUAUACAGUAUUUCACUUGAAUUAUGGUUCCAAAAUAUUUGUUGAUUCAAAUAUUUUUUAUAUCGAGUCAUAAUCAAUGUAUGACUGAGGAUAAAGGAUCGUACUUCUUGUGAAAUGCAUUUUCAAUUUCUUUUCUUUGAAAAUGCACAUGACAGGUGAAUCCAUUGCUGCUCCUGUUACCUCUAUUUUAAUCACAAAGAAGAAAGCUUUCUGGGAUGCAAUUACCUUUUUUUUUUUUUUGUAUAUAACCUUACAAAGAGAUUUUGUCCUAAUAAUUUCAAAUGCCUGAAAUGGUUAAGGGUUGGUCAACCCAACAUCCCUAAACCCCUGAACACCUCAAACGAACAAGCCUUAAAUUGUGAUGGCGUCAGUGUGUGUUGGUGACUUCGUUCCGGAGCAAAGCGAGGGAUUGUGAUAUGAUCCUGAGGUUAGUUUAGGUAAAGUCUUUAGUUUAGUCGGUUAAUGGUAGUUAUUAGUCUUUUCUGGUGCAGAGCUGGCAGCCUGGCACAUGUUUGUCUCAUGGUCAUUGGGUCUUAUAUUAGGAGGAUAAGUCAGUUUGUAAAGUCAGUUUUUGAUAUUACGAAUGAAAUUGGAAUUCUUUCUCUUUGCCAUUUCCAUCUUCUUAUGCAAGGUUAAGGUUGAAGGGGUUUAUCAGAUUGCCAUCGUUUGAGAAUGCGAGGGGACGAUACGCGUCAAAGCCUUUUGAACAUCUGGAAGGUGUAGAAUCGGAGAGGGUACCAGUGAAUUCUCGUAAGCUGACAACGGUGAGUUCCUUCUUUGAUUGCUCCGGUUAUAGUCAUCUUCUAUUGUUCUCCUUCGAUUUCUGUCGCAAUGUUUGGGUAUCAUUGUAACAAAAGAUUACAAUUACUGCGAUUUCCAUUGGGAAAUCUGAACGCCCAUUUGAGAUUGUUUGAAAAGCAUGAAGCUUUUAUCAUCCCCAAAUCGUAUUCAUCAAGUGCUAUCAAGACUCCGAUAGCAGAAGCCCGGGAAGAGAAACCACUGCCAUUUACAGUUUCUUACCUCGUGAAUUCAUUUGGAUUUUCCCUACAAACUGCUAAAUUCUUGUCAAAGAGAGUGUAUUUUGAAAAUUCUGAAAGACCAGAUUCUGUCCUUCAACUUCUCAGAAAUAAUGGACUCACCGACACUCACAUCUCAAAACUCGUCAGGUCAUUCCCAAAUGUGCUUUUAGCUGACACGGAGAAGAGAAUCUUGCCCAAACUUGAGUUUCUUAGGUCGGUAGGUGUUUCGGGAGGCGACCUAGUGGAUGUGGUCUCUUUUGGUGGAAAUUUUUUGCAGCGCAGCCUGGAUAAGAAUAUCAUCCCCUUUUAUAAUUUCUUAAAGAACUUUCUUAAAGACGAUGACAAGAUUCUCCGUGUGUUGAAGUGUGGAACUUUUUUUGGGCGUAAGACUAUGUUGCUUGCUCCCAACAUCUCACUCUUGCAACAGCUAGGAGUUCCCCAAUCAUCAAUUAUGUUGCUGCUUACCCGUAAGCCCAAUGUGCUGUGUAGAAGUGCUGAAAAUUUUAAAACAGAGGUCGAAAAGCUUGUCAGAAUGGGAUUUGACCAUGAAAGAACUAAUUUUGUCUACGCACUUGCUACAAUUUCUUUAAUGUCUAGAGAGUCAUGGGAGCAUAAAUUGAAUGUUUACAAGAGGUUUGGUUGGUCUGAAGAUGAGUUCCUUUCAGCUUUUAGAAGCUAUCCUACAUGUAUGGAUUAUUCCAAGGAGAAUAUUACAAGAAAAAUGGAUUUUUUUGUGAACAAACUUGGUUUGGCCCCUGCAGCUGUUGCUAAAACACCAACAUUCCUGGGUUUCAGUAUGGAUAAGAGGGUAAUCUCUAGGUGUUCAGUGAUCAAAACUUUGUUUAAUGAAGGGUUAAUCAUGGAAAAGCCUGCUUUGUCAACUUUGUUAGGUAUUUCUGAUAAAAGAUUUCGGGAUAGAUUUGUGGUUGCAUACCAGGAGCAGAUGCCUCAGCUGCUUGAUAUCUUUCAAGGGAAAGUGAAAAUCUCCGAAACAGUCUUUAAAUCAGAAGGAAAAUCUUAGUUUAAACCUCUUUAGGACGACAGAGCAUUUCUGUUUCUUCUCAACGCUGAUCAAUUUAUCCCUUCUAAGAUCUCAGUGCGAAUGACAUUUACUUAAUAUGGGAAAUCGACUUCCCUGGAAUCUCUAUUCUGGCUCUGUUGUGAGUAGGUCUGUUUGCUCAUUUCUACUUUAUGUUAUUCUUUUAGACGAGUUGACGGAGAUGUAUCAGAAUGUGACUUCAUUUAAACUUUGAGCUUCCUGAGACU